AAGUGAGGAGACACGUCAGCAAAAUAAAAAUACUAAACAAUAAAAAAAUAUAUCUUAUUUUGAAGUUGUAUUUAACUGUGUUAUAAAGCGAACUUCUCUGAGUUCACAGCAGCAGCUUAACGUCUGUUUUUAUUAGUUUAAUUAAAUCAAAAUAACUCUUUUAAAACCUUUAACGGCUUCCGGGUAGCCUGGCUUCCGGUUAGCCGUUAGCUUGUCUGCCAACAUGGAUGACAAGUACGUGAAACCAGGUAACCAGGAGCGGGGAUGGAACGACCCUCCCCAGUUCUCCUACGGCCUUCAGAAGGCCCACGGGCCUCAGAGGAACCUCCUCAACAAGAGAGCAGCUCCAGCAGCUCCUGGAGCUCCGCCCUCCACUACCAUCACCUCAGAUCCUCUAGCCCCGCCCCCAUGUGGUGUAGCCCAGCCCCCAUGUGGUGUAGCCCCGCCCCCUAUGUGCCCAGCUCGUCCUCCUGUUGGUGGGGUAGCCACGCCCCCUCCUCCUCCUAUUGGUCCAAAGAGGAGUCAGAAGGAAGUGGACAGCAGCCAAUCAGAGAGAGAGCCUGAUGUGGAGAACGUGAUGUUGGUGCUGAACCAAUCGCUGAGCGCCUGCAGAGAAACCGCCGUACCUCAGCAGGUGUGUAAUGACGUGGCGAAGAGGCUCCGCCUCCUGGAGGACAGCUGGAGAUCAGACAGACUGAGCCUUCCCGUGAGGAGACGCAUGGAACACCUGUCUCUAGAGCUGCGUUCAGGUAACUGGGACUCAGCUGAUGAGCUGCAUCGCUCCCUGAUGGUCGAUCAUGUGACUGAGGUCAGCCAAUGGAUGGUCGGCGUCAAGCGACUCAUCGCUGAGACCCGAAAGCUCAAACCAGAACUUUUAGAACCGGUCCAGGACCCUGCAGAACCGGCCCAGGACCCUGCAAAACCAGUCCAGGACCCUGCAGAACCGGCCCAGGACCCUGCAGAACCGGCCUUGAACCCUGCAGAACCGGUCCAGGACCCUGCAGAACCGGCCUUGAACCCUGCAGAACCGGCCCAGGACCCUGCAGAACCGGCCCAGGACCCUGAGGUGGACUCUGUCUCUCAGUCCUGAUCCUGUUCUUCCUGCAGGACUCGCAGGUUUUUUCUUUGUUUGCAAACUUUGACUCUUUCAACCCGAACCAGGACCGGCUGCUGGUCUCGGGUCUGAGGCGUCUGAGGCGACCCGCGUCUCAGUCGUCCUGUCAUGUGACCAGAUCACAGCCAAUCACAGCGGAGCUCCGUUCCAACGACGAAUCAUCGAGUAAACACUAAAAAAACAGCAAGAACCAGUUUCUGUUGUCUCAUUGAACCGAUAUAUAACCGAUAUAUAA